GCUACGGAAGUUUACGGUUGCCUAGUAACCUUUAUCGACUGUACCCGUAACGCUACCGUGUUUUAGGUCCAAUGCAGAACCCAGGAGAUGAUGAUGGAAGGGAGGAAAGCUCCCCCCGAAAUGAGACAGAUCCCAACCUGCAGGAUGGAAGUGACGACGCUGAAGAAGACAGUGGAGCGACUGCCUCACAUUACAAAGAGGCUCAGUCACUGCCACAGCCAGAGAGCCCUGCUGCCCAGCGUUACCAUGACCUCACUGUAGUGGAUGAAAACCUCCCUGCGGCCACAAAUUUAAUGCAAGAGGAUAUUGCUCAGAUGGCUCACCGUUCACACACAUCGGAGGAGAUGGAGGAUCAUGAGCCACUGCCAGAAGAUGAGGAAGAGGAGUUGAUCAUUCUUGAUCCUGAGCAUCCCGUGGUCAGAAGACAACAAGCUGCUCUGACAAUCCAGCUUAGAAAACAGCUGGAGAGGAUUAACCAGACACUGAGGGAAAAGCAUGCAGUUGCGAAGGAUGAUGCUAGCCACAAUCAGGAAUUAGGUGUGGAGGUCUUCAAGAUUCAGGAGCAUCUGGUCAGACAGCAGAACAGGCUGCAUGACCUCCAUGAGACCAAGAACCAAGCCGAAACCAAACACCAGCAGGUUCUGAACCAGCUGGAGGAGAUAAAGAGUCAACAUUCCAGCAUGACCAGAAAGGUCUGCGAAGCCAGAGCCAAUGUCAUUCAUUUUUACAUCUUUGUGCAGGCUGAGAUGGAGAUGGAGUCACUGUUGGUGGCCCGUAAACAGCUGCUGCAGCAGUGGAGCAGCUGCCUCAUGGGGUUGAGGAGACGAGACGAGGCCUUCGGUGCGAUGCAGGAAGUCAUCCGUGAAACCAAGCACCAGGUGAUCUUGCUGGACAAGGACAUUGAUGGCUACAAGAAGUCCAUCAAUGCAGAGCAGGAGCAAAAUGAGAUACUGACACUGCAGCUGAAUUGGUCUCAAAUGGACUGCACCACUACCAGAAAGCUCAUCAGUGACAAGCAGGCUCAGCAAGAGGCCCUGCAGGCCCACUACAGCACAUUCCUCCUCACUCUGCAGGAGACAGAGCGAACCCUCGCUAGACUCUCAAAGGAAUUUGGGUCACUCCAGGCUCAAGUGAACGAUCAGAGUAAGCAGCUGGAGAAAGAGAGUUCUGCACGGCUGGAGCUGGAAAACAACAUCAUGAGCUCCAUGCAGCACAAGCUCCUCCACAACAACGCUGCCAAGUACUCCCAACUGCUCACUGAGAAGAUAUCCAGACUCAAAAAAGAGAAGAUGUACCAGUUGAAGCAGUCAGAGGAGGAGGUGUUGGUGGUGAAGCUGGAGAGCCAGCUGGUCAGCCAGCAAGUGGACAACCUGGCCCUGACUCAGAAGGCCCUUGAUCAGGAGAUCACGAAGUACAACAAGUUAAUCACAGCCAUUGAGGCUAAGCUUACUUCAUCUGUUAGAGUCAUCGAGCAGAAGCAGUCAACGAUCAUCGGAUACAACACGAAGAUUUCUCAAAUAGCGGCCACCACUGGGCAUGAUGACCUCGGUCCUCUGCACAUCAAGAUACAGUCAAUAAUAGCUCAGAUUGAGGAGCUGGCAGCAAAUAUAAAGAGUGACCAGCAGCUUUGGAUGAAGCGACAGGGGAUUCUGAUGGGACUGACCCAAACGAUAGAAGCCAACAGCAAGGAGCUGCUCAAACUGCAGGCAGAGUACACAGGAUGGCAACAGACGAAACUCUACUUUGAGAGUCAGAUAGAAUCAGAGCACCGUGAGGAGGCUGAGCUGGAGAAGAGCUCAAAGAUGCUGAAGCGUGAUCAGCUGAAGCUCAACAUGCUGCUCAGCAAGAAAGGACAACUGAGCCAGGCUCUGCAGCAGGAAAACGCCGUGAUGGAGACAGAUUUCAUUCACAGACUUAAGGAUGCAGAGAGGGAGGCCGUUAAAAUGCAGAUGAAAGUCGAGAAGACGCAGGAGGAAAAGGAGAGGCUCCUCAACAGUCUGGUGGAAGCUGAGCGGCAAAUCAUGCUGUGGGAGAAGAAGACACAGCUUGUAAAAGAGAUGCGUUCAGCUAUGGAUGUGGGGCAGGGAGAAAGCCACACGAUGAAAGCUGAAAUACAUCGUAUGGAGGUGCGACUCAGCCAGCUAAUGAGGCAACGGGAAUGCCUGCUGAGGGAAAGCGAAGCAACAGUGGCGAGAAGGGAAACCAUCGUCUUGCGCAAGGAGGCCAUGAUGAGGAACUCCCUCAAACAGGCUACACAGGGUGACCUGAGCCUCUCUAUACAGGGCCUACAGCGCAAGAUCCGGGAAGCACACAAGCAAGUGGUAGAGUAUGAGCAGGUGAUUGAGGAGCUACAAAAACAGAAGGAGAGUUUGAGAGACAGGAUCGCGCAGAGGAAGACUCAUCUCACAGAACUGUGCAGCACCAGUUACAUCCUCGACUCUGACUUUGUUAAUCUUCAGGAUACCAAAGAAAGGAACCUAGGACACCUAGUGGCUCUGCAGAGUCGGGCCAAGAGGUUGCGUACAGUGUGUGAAGGCAGCUAUCGAGCACUGUCCACCCCCGAAUCCGUGGAAGCCGCCCUGCAGAGGCAGACGGACCGCUUGCAUGCCAUCAGCACCAUCUUGCACCGCGUAUGUGAGGAGUUCCCCCAACAUCAGGGGGCGCUCCGCAGGCUGUCACGAGCGCUGUCUGAACAUGCACAGGCUGUGGAAUAGGAAACAUCCCAAAGUCAGGAAAAGAUGACGUGACAGUGCGCGCUGGAAGGACAAUGCACAGGAAUGACAUGUGAGUGAAAAAAGGGAAAGCUUAGAUAAGUAACAGCCAGGGAAGGAUGACAACUUGUUCACAUUGAUGUGUGGUUUCGUUGAUGCAUUGAAAUGUUGUUUGUGAAAAAAAUUUAAGAAAUAAAAGGUAAUGAAGUU